CAUGUCCAGCUCCUGCUGCAAUGCCAAAGGCAAUGGCAAGCACCACCACUACUACCCAUUCCUCGCCGCCGCCGCCGUAAUAACCUUCAUCCUUGCCGCCGUGCCGGCGGCCUCUGCCGCGCGGCGGCGCCCGGUGCGGCUGCACUUCUACAUGCACGACAUCGCCGGGGAGACGGCCGUGCAGGUGGUGAAGGGCAGCGGGCCUCUGCACCCGUCGAUGCCGCCGGGCGGCAGGCACUUCGGCGACACGACGGUGAUGGACGACCUCCUGACGGAAGGGCCGUCCAUGGAGUCCAAGGCCGUCGGCCGGGCGCAGGGCUCCUACGUGCUCGCCGGCCUGGUCGACCCCGUCGUCGUCGUCACCAUGACCGUCAAGAUCACCGACGGGCCCUACAACGGGAGCACCGUCGUCAUCGCCGGCCGCGACGACGUCCUCGCGGAGGUGAGGGAGCUGGCGGUGGUCGGCGGGACAGGGCAGCUCCGGGGAGCCUCCGGGCACGUGCUGUGGAGGACGGCGGAGGUGUUGGGGGCGGUGCACUAUGUGCUGGAGCUGGACGUGUACGCGACGGUGCCUGCCACUUCCUCUGCUCUGCGUCUGCAUGCUACGAACGCCACGCCUAUCGAUGCUGGUGGGAACAAAGAAACUAUGCGGAAUAAUAUAUGAUAUCUUUGAUGAUAUCUCUGAAUAUUUGAUGAUGGAAAGGAGUUUCCAGGUAGGGAUCACGUCGAUUGCUUAUGGUUAAUGGGUAUAAGUAACCCAUUUGGUCACAAUGCCCUUAACUAUAAACUGUGCUUUAAUAUAUAAUUAAUUUUUCAAAUUCAUAUUAUUAAUAAUACCAUGUGUAAACUGUAUCUGGUAUGUAUAAGCGUUGAUUCAAAGACGCGCCGGAUCACUGGACUCAGUUGUGUACGCUCGCUGAACUGAAACAGUAAUGAUUUGAAUGUUUUGUACAAGUAAACGCAUGUGUUUGUAUGCAUGCGUACCUAGCUUGCAAUGCUCAAGAGUUGAAGAUCUAUCGUGUGUACGGGCUAGCUAUCAAUUUUCGCCAACACUUGGCCAAAUAUGUAUGACCGGCCAAAACUUUUGUUGAGGGUGAUGAUUAAUUGGUGGGUAAACUAUCACCCAAUUCACCGUGUCUUUUCACUUCUGCUUAUGUUUAUAAGGUAAAAUUUAAAUUUUCAUCAUUAAAUCUGUAGUU